UGCUGAGAUUUAACACUUCAGCACCUGCUGCUGCUGGGGGAAGCAGUGUUGGAGCUUCGGCUUCUUUUUUUUUUCUCCUUCCUUGGGUACCACACACAACCGCAACCGUGUCUCGCCAGCGAGCCAAGAUGUCCAAAGUGGCCAAAUAUCGGCGACAAGUUAGUGAAGAUCCAGAUAUUGACAGUUUGUUGUCUACUCUGUCUCCAGAGGAGAUGGAAGAGCUGGAAAAGGAGCUGGAUGUGGUGGAUCCAGACGGAAGCAUCCCUCUGGAGCUCAGUCAGAAAAACCAAACAGAAAAUUCCCCACCUGGCCCGCAAAACUGCGAGACAAUGCUCAAUCACUGCGAAAAGGAGACCAGGAAACUUAUUCAGAGGGAACACUCGGUGGACGAAAGCAGAUCGAGCGAGAAGAAUAAGGGAGCCAAGAAUGAAGAAGAAAAGGGAAAGGAAGCUCCUUCCAAAGACCUGGCCCAGAAACGAGAUACAAAAGUGGGGAAAGACUCUAAAAAGGAAGAAAGCGUUCAGAAAACAGACCCAAAAGUUAAAGCUGAGGCUGCGACCAAGACCAAAGAGGAGAAGGCUAUCAACGACAAAGUCAAGGCCAUGGAGAAAAAGCUGAUGGGGAAGGACAAAAAGGAGGACGAGAAGGGCUCAGUGUUGAAGAAGGACAUGGGGAAGUAUAAAAAGGAGGAAGAAAAGGGCUCAGCAUUAAAGAAGGAUGCAGGGAAGGAUAAAAAGGGGGAAGAAAAGGGCUCAGCAUUAAAGAAGGAUGCAGGGAAGGAUAAAAAGGAAGAAGAGAAGGGCUCAGCAGCAAAGAAGGAGACAGGGAAGGACAAAAAGGAAGAAGAAAAGGGUUCUGCAUUGAAGAAGGGCACAGGGAAGGACAAAAAGGAAGAAGAAAAGGGUUCUGCAUUGAAGAAGGGCACAGGGAAGGACAAAAAGGAGGAGGAGAAGAGUUCAGGAUCAAAGAAAGAGGCAGAAAAAGACACAAAGGGAGAAGAUAAGAAAGAAAAAGAUAAAAAAGAAGAGCAAAAGAGUUCAGCUUUGAAAAAAUCAAAGGCAGACGAGAAGGAGAAAUCCCAGCCAGAGGCAGAAAAGGCAGCGGAGGGCAAACAGGAGGCCAAGGCAGCGGCCGAGAGCAGCCCCUCCAAGCCCACCACCGGCGGCUCCCCGGAUCAGGCCAAGGAUGACGAAGCCUCCAGCAUUUUCGAUGAGCUCAUCGAGAAGGUGAAGAACAACGAUGCCGAGGUCACCGAAGUGAACGUGAACAACUCGGACUGCAUCAACAACGAGACCCUGGUGCGCUUCACCGAGGCCCUGGAGUUCAACACCGUGGUCAAGCUGUUCGCCUUGGCCAACACCCGUGCCGACGACCACGUGGCCUUCGCCAUCGCCAUCAUGCUGAAGUCCAACAAGGUGCUGACGAGCAUCAACCUGGACUCCAACCACAUCACGGGCAAGGGCAUCCUGGCCAUUUUCCGGGCGCUGCUGCAGAACAACACGCUGACGGAGCUGCGUUUCCACAACCAGCGGCACAUCUGCGGGGGGAAGACGGAGAUGGAGAUCGCCAAGCUCCUGAAGGAAAACACCACGCUUCUGAAGCUGGGCUAUCACUUCGAGCUGGCCGGACCACGCAUGACAGUCACCAACCUGCUGAGCCGUAACAUGGACAAACAGAGGCAGAAACGCCUCCAGGAGCAGAAACUGGCACAGGAGCGUGGAGAGAAGAAGGACCUCCUGGAGGUGCCCAAGCCCGGAGCCCUGCCAAAGGGGUCCCCCAAGCCAUCCCCGCAGCCGUCCCCCAAGGCUUCCCCCAAAAGCUCUCCCAAGAAAGGGGGGGCGCCCGCCGCACCGCCCCCGCCUCCUCCUCCCCUCGCCCCACCGCUGAUCCACGAGAAC